AUGGCGGAAGGUGCUGAGCGGCAGCCCCUCAAAGCCGGCACGCUCACAGUCGACAUGUCCCCUAUGUCCCCUGACCAGGAGAGUUCAGAGACCUUACUGCAGGCCACCGUCCGCCACUACGAGGAGGCUGGCUUGUGGCGGAUCUUGCGACAGUACACCACCACCUCUGAGCAAAUGCUGAAGCUGGAUUUCGUCAUCACCGCACUCCACGAUCAUGCAAGCAGCAUACGUGGAGACAAGGUCAAGGUCGAAGUGGCACUGCGCUGGUUCCGGGUUGCCCGGGAGAUGCUUCAUGUGGACGGGUUGCCCUUCAAUGUUGUGCAUGCGCUCGGAUCCCAUCUGGGCAAAAUUGAGAAAAUGAAUCCGCUUCCUGAGGAGGAUGUUAUCAAGAACUUGCUCCAAGCGGUUGACAACUUGCAGCAGUCAACAGUUCCAGGUACAGGGGACAGUGUCAGAACGCUCUGUGAAGGACUCUUGGAGAACGCGCCGGAGGAGGCUGCCAAGAAGUUUGAAGCUCACAAAGCAGCCGUGGAGUCCCUCUGCAUGUCAGGCUUUGCCAGCCUUACGACGGAGUACGGAAAGUACCCUGCAUGCAAGUGGUUCAUUGCCGUCUUGCAGAGGGCCGCCUUUAGAGGACGAUACUCCUUCAAAUGUUUGCGUCAGGCGUGGUUGUCAGGUGUGGAUAUGCUAGACUCGAUGGGCCCCCUGGCGUGGGUGAUGCUGGUGAAGAAGCUCGACACGCUCAUUGUAGAGGAGAGCCUCACCGUGGCGGACUGCCAGGCAGCGUCGUUCCCGGCUGCCGAACACCUCAGGGAGGCGCUGCUUACUUUCUUCUGGGACGCAACCAGACUCAGAAGUGUGAUGCAGGAUCACGUGCGACGAGCGGAGGCCACCCACGCGCAGGUGACCACAGGCAUCAUCACCAUCGGUGUUCCGCUGCUCCAGGUGGUCUUCCAAGCACUCGCCCAGCGGUUCGGCCUGGACGGCAUUUCAUCUGCGCUGGUGGGCGAAUCAGACGAGUGA